AUGGACAUUGAAAUCAGUCUUGCGGAUGAUAUCGCCAGUCAACCAUCGUCGAUUGACUUGGAGAUGCCAACUCCGCCGCAAGAUGUGAGGGAUGAGGUCCUCGUCGACAGAAAACCUGGCGCUGCAGACCAGCCUGUUCCCACAGGAAUGACACUUGGUUCGAAGGAGCUCUACAGAGAGGACGAAAGAUAUCCAUGGGAUGACUGGAGUCCUGAUGACAUUGACUUGGACCCCGAAGAAACACCGGAAGCAAAGAAAUACGCACUCAUCGUGCGUCGUGAAAAGAGCGUUGCACAGAAUUCGAGUCUGGUCUUACACUCGGUUUCGGUCCAAAGCCCAUUGAUCAGGAAGGUGUUAGGAGUUGUCUUUGAUGGUUACAAAGGAAUGACCACCAAGCUCAAAGAUCUGACGUUCAAUGCCCCAUUUCAUGAAUUCUUCUAUCGCUGGGAUUGCUUUCAGCAGCAGAUAAGAGAGGAGACGGACGAUCUGGUCUUGGAGCAUAUCAUGUUGCUGCAGAAUGUGAUCAGUGGCGAGAUACAACCCCACCUCGAGAAAAGACAGGAGCUGCUCGAUAAUGGCUUGGUCACAUUUGAUUACCUUUGGGCGCUGUUCGAGCCCGAUGCUGUGAUCUACAGGCAAUCUGAUGGUCAGGAUCGCUUGUAUAAGCUUGUCGACUCCAGCUACCGUAGAUUUGGGGACGAUGUGUUCCUCAUCUUAACAUGCAGAUACAUAGACUGCGAUGGGGCUGCAUUUGGAUACGUCACAACAUCUCUUACUCUUGGCAAUUUCGACGGCAUUAAGCCCAUUUCUGAGCUUUCCAUCAUGCCAAUUCAUCUGCAUUCCCGGAUUGGCGAAAUCUGGGAUGCAUUACAGAAGAGGGGAAAAUCCUUCGUACAACUGAAUGGAUUCCACUAUAGAUCAUAUUCGGGACUAUGUACCAUGAAUGAAAGGCACUUUGGCAGUUCUGGCAAGCGAAAUAUCGACGAUGGCAGGAUAAUAAUUGACACUAAGUUGUGGUCCACGUACAACCCCCAACAGACUCUUACCCUCGAGCCGGUCGACACUCCACCUUCUGGUGUGCAAUCUAAUGAGGAUGAUUUUCCGCCUUCCUCUUCCAGUGAGUUCGGGUUUGAUGAGAAUCAUCCUCAUGCACCUGCGGUUCGCGCGGUUGAAGCCACGGGCCGCGACGAACAAAGAUAUAUGAAUGGUAAGCGUAGACCUAAAGAUGUGCAAGCAAAAACGCAAUUCUAUGUUGACAGCGUUCGUGAGAUUCGGUGGAAUCUGGAAGCCUUCCAGCGACUCGUCCUUCCACACGACUACAAGGAAAUCAUCUGGGCGUUUGUAGAGAGCCAAUUAUCUCACGAAAAUAGUUUCGAUGAUGUAGUUGAAGGGAAAGUGGCCGAGGAAAUGAGGAAACCUUUAUACUCGAUGAGCGCCGGAGAGCUUGGCCAUAGUGCUAAUGAAGUCGAGGAGCAGCUUCAUAAGGUGCUCGAACUGUCAACCAAAUGGGGAGCCAUCCUACUUAUUGAUGAAUGCGACGUUUUCCUAGAACGGCGCACGACUUCCGACCUCGAGCGAAACAAGCUCGUCUCCGGUGAGAUGGAUUCAAUUGGCUUUACGAAAUUUGGUCCGCCCAUAUUUCUUCGUCUGCUUGAAUACUACAAGGGCGUCAUGUUUCUGACAACCAAUCGGGUAUCCACCUUCGACACAGCCUUCCAGUCCCGAAUCCAUCUGACGAUCGAUUACCCGAAGUUGGAUUUUCGAGCCAAGAUGCUUGUGUGGCGGACUUUUGUCCGGCCUCAAAGUGAAGCUUCGCAAUACGCAAGCAUCAUUGAGGAGAAGGAUCUGAAAGCUCUGGCCAAGAUAGACAUGAAUGGAAGAGAGAUUAAGAACACUGUCAAGACCGCCAGGCUGUUAGCUAGCCAAAAAGGGGUUCCGCUGGCGAUGGAACACGUAGCUACGGUGCUGAGAGUCAAAGAUGGUUCUUCUGUGGUAGGGAAGUCCCCACGAAGCAUGGAUGGGUUCAACUGA